AUGAAAACUAGGGCAAAUCUUAGUGAUCGUAUUGAUAAAAAGCUUUUUUCACAACUUGAAGAUGAGAUAUCUUACUGGAAAAAUAUUUUACGAAGAGUUGUAGCCGUUAUAAAAUCAUUAUCGUCGCGUGGACUUCCAUUUAGAGGUCAAAAUGAAGUUAUUGGUUCAGUCCACAAUGGAAAUUUUUUAAUGGCAAUUGAGCUUGUGGCACAAUUUGAUCCAUUUUUAGCUCAACAUAUUUCACGAUAUGGAAAUCCGGGCAGUGGUCAUACAUCGUAUUUAUCAUCCACAAUUUAUGAAGAUAUUAUGCAACUUAUGGCAAAUAAAAUAAUCCAUACAAUUGUUGAUCAGAUUAAAAAAUGUAAAUAUUUUUCAUUAAUUAUUGAUUCCACACCUGAUAUAACACAUAUAGAUCAACUGUCUUUUAUUGUACGAUAUGUGUAUGAAGGUAUUCCUGUUGAGCGUUUCAUUCAAUUUAUACCUAGUUGUGGACAUAAAGCUAACGAUAUGAAAAAAGCCGUUUUAGAAAGCCUUGAUAUUAGUAUAAAUGAUUUCAGAGGCCAGGCUUACGAUACUGCUAAUAAUAUGUCUGGACGUUAUAACGGAUUACAGGCAAAAAUAAAAGAAUUAAAUAACCUUGCUGUAUAUAUACCAUGUGCGGCGCAUUCAUUAAAUUUAGUUGGUACUCAUGCUGUGCAAUGUUCUAAUGAAGCUGCUCAACUUUUUCUCCACGUUCAACAUCUUUAUACAUUUUUUUCCGGAUCUACUCACAGAUGGAAAAUUUUAAUGUUUAAUUUAAAGUCUGAAUCAAAAACACUAAAACGUCUUUCAGGAACUCGAUGGUCAUCAAGAGAUGAUGCUUGUGUGAGUUUAAAUGAUUCAUGGGAUGAGAUAUUAAAAACUUUAAGUUUACUUGAAAAUGACAAUAGUAAACCAGCUGAAACUCGAAAUGAAGCCUCUGGAUUGCGCAAGAAGUUUGAAAAACUCGAGACAACGUUUAUGGCUAUAUUUUGGGGAUUUAUAUUAAACAGACUAAAUGCUGUAAGUAAAAAACUUCAAAGUGUUGAAAUAGAUAUUACAGUAGUUUUGGAGUUGUACGAUUCACUAAUAAAUUUAAUAUUAUCUCAGAGAGAUAAUUUUGAUGAAUUUGAGAAAAUGGCAAUUUUAAGAGCUCAAAUCAAAGAAUAUAAAACAACAAUUUCAAGAAAAAAGAAAAGAACAAUUCCAUAUGAUGAAUCAAGACAAGACGAUGUUCAGUUAACAGGAAGAAAUCAUUUUAGAAUCAAUACAUAUUUAACAAUAAUAGAUAAAUUAAAUAAUGAGCUUCAAAAAAGACGUGAAGCCUAUAAAUAUUUUUGUGAACCUUUUUCUUUUAUAAACACACUUAAAAACAUGAAACAAAAUGAAAUAUCAGAAAAAGCUAAAAAACUUUGUAAAAUUUAUAAAACUGAUAUAGAUUAUGAAGAGUUUGAGCACGAACUAUUACAUUUUCGAUCUCUUUUAAUUUCCAAGUAUAAUGAAGAAAAAUUCACUGCAUUAAAACUAUUGGAAAUAAUUUAUAAAAAUGACUUAAAGUCGGUGUUUCCAAACAUAGAAAUAAUUUUGAGAAUUUAUAUUUCAACACCUGCCACUAAUUGUACUGCGGAAAGAUCAUUUUCUUCUUUGAAACGGAUAAAAACUUAUUUACGUUCAAAAUUAGGACAAGAAAAAUUAAACUCCUUGGCGAUUUUGUCGAUUGAAAGUGAAAUGACACAAGAAAUACAAUUUGAAGACAUAAUUCAAAAUUUUGCGGAAAAAAAAGCAAGACGCAAACAAAUGAAAUAG